UGCUGCCUGGAAAUCUGUCUGGAAGCAGAUGUGCGUGUGUAAAUGCCCGAUGCCCACGCAGCAUCCUCCAAGCCAAUACAUCAAGCUGCUACAGGCUGACUUACAGAGUUAACACCGAGGCUGGGCUGGUGGGAAAAUCAGCCGUACCCUGCAGGAAAUCUUCUCAUUCAAACCCUUCCAUUAGACUGUGACCAAAAGCAAAAGAGCCGGGAAAAAGCUCGAGUUUCCAAUUACUUCUGAAGAAAGGGAGAGAAAAAUUGGAACGGGAUCGUUCCUCCUCUGGGCCACGGUUCGUAUUGUGGCUGCAAUGAUCCCGCCUGGACACCAUCCACCCCCUCCUGGCAGCUCCGUCCCUGAACAAACGAUACUUGGUUGCCGUUAAUUGGGAGCAGCCAAAAUAAGUGAAUCCCCCGGAGAUGGGGGUGAAGAGGGGAUGGCAGCGAGGCGCCCUGCCGAUGAAUGUGGCUUUCAGCCGCUCCGACACCCCCGCGGGAGGGAAAGAAUAGGGGCUCUGUGAACUCAAAACAGCCAGUGCCGACCUUGGGGUUUCUCUCUCUCUCUCUCUCUUCUUUUUGUUAUUAUUCCCCUUCUCACUCCCUUUUCUUUAGUUGCUCGUUGCUUUGUCCAUCACAUGAUCGUUGGAAAUUGCCAACUUGUUCUCCCUCCUCGGUGUCACAAGUUUGGUUUAAAAUAAGCCUGUUGGAUUCCUGAUUUACUCACUGUCUGAGCACCGCAUGCAUUGCUUGUGAUUUUGGACUGUUAGCUUGAAAAUAUCUGCUCCUCCCUCUACAUGUUAAAACCUGGUGUUUCCAGCUGGGAAGAAUCUCUGCUCUGAGUUCAGUGCCCAGCCUUCCCCUAGCUCUGCUCAAGGGUGAUGCUUGCUGUAUCCGAGAUGAGACCAUGGCAAAAUCCUGGUGCGCAAGCCAGAGCCAGCCUGUGCCUGGUACAGAUGCUGCUGUCCCUCUCAUAUGCUCAUCAGCAUGCAAAGCAGGCAUGCCAGGGGGCACGAGGACGACGUUCCCCCAUGAUGACGGCCAUCCUGGAGCGCCUCAGCACGCUGUCCCUCAGCGGGCCACAGCUCAGUCGCCUGCCCCGCCUGCUGGAGGAUGGCUUCCCCAAGAUGCCAUGCACCGUCCAAGAGGGAGAGGUGCCGCAGCUCUUCCGUGAGCCGUACAUCCACACCGGGUACCGUCCCACUGGGCAGGACUGGCGGUACUACUUCCUCAGCCUCUUCCAGAAGCACAACGAGGUGGUCAACGUCUGGACUCACCUCCUGGCAGCGCUGGCCGUGCUGCUGAGGUUCAAGGCAUUUGUGGAGGGCGAGCAGCUACCCCUGGAUGCGUGGUCUCUGCCUUUGCUCAUCUUCGUCCUCUCCUCUGUCACCUACCUGACCUGCAGCCUCCUGGCCCACCUGCUGCAGUCCAAGUCAGAGCUGUACCACUACACUUUCUACUUCGUGGACUAUGUCGGAGUCAGCACCUACCAGUACGGUAGUGCCCUGGCCCACUUCUACUACAGCUCCGACCAAGCGUGGUAUGACAAAUUCUGGCUUUUCUUCCUCCCGGCAGCUGCUUUCUGUGGCUGGCUGUCGUGUGCUGGCUGCUGCUACGCCAAAUAUCGGUACCGACGGCCUUACCCCAUCAUGAGAAAAAUGUGCCAGGUGAUCCCAGCCGGGCUGGCCUUCAUCUUGGAUAUCAGUCCUGUCGCUCACCGGGUGAUCGUGUGUCACCUGGGGGGCUGUGAGGAGGAUGCUGCUUGGUACCAUACGUACCAGAUACUGUUUUUCCUUAUCAGUGCUUAUUUCUUCUCCUGCCCAGUUCCCGAGAAGUACUUCCCUGGCUCCUGUGAUAUUGUUGGCCAUGCCCACCAGAUCUUCCACACCUUCCUUGCUAUCUGCACCCUAUCGCAGCUGGAGGCCAUUUGUUUGGAUUACAAGAACAGGCAGGAGAUUUUCCUAAAAAGACACAGGCCUUUCUCCAUCUAUCUCUCCUGCAUCUCAUUUUUUGGCUUGGUGGCCUGCAGUGCCAUCACAGCUUACAUCCUGCGAUGCAGGAUCAAGGCCAUCCUGGCUAAAAAGGACUCCUGAGAAUCGUGAAGGUGAUGGGCAUGACACCACGCAAAAGGAAAAAAAUAAUAAUCAAGAAAAGGGGCAUAGCAUGUUAGAGGCAUAACUGGCUUAUUUGCCUAACACACUGUGACUAACCUGGACCUUGGACUGGGGUGGAGGGCUGGACACUUCAUGCUGGAUGCAUUUUCACAGCAGGAGCUGCCUUCUGCCAUGCAGAGGGACAUGGGGUGUUUUAAGCCACAAAAGUCACUUAACCAAGGAUACUGGAAUAGGCAGAUGUUCCUUGUUCUGUCUAGUAAACCUGUGGGAGAUACCUCGCUGAACGUGAAGGAUGGUAGCCAGAGGGCUGUACGACUGUAGAAGGGUUUUCUAGGACACACAGCACAGUGGAGAACCUACCAUGAGGCCUCUGAGUGGACAUGAUGACAUCCUUGGGUUUUGCCAUUUCUGCUGGUUGAGGAGAGACUUGCUAACACCAAAGGCAGUUGUAAGGUUUCAUUUCUAGGGUUCACUUGCAAGGGUGUGUGUUACAGUGGCUGGACUGAUCCUUUUCCAGCUCCAGCUCAGCUAAACCAGAUUUUAUCUACAACCCCCUGAAGUAUCUUAACAGCAGGUUGCUCAGGUGACAUUAGCAAAGCAUACUUGCAGACCAAGACUUGACCUGGAGUCCUCUAGAAUCAACUGGAACUGAACCUGACCCCCAUGUCUGCCAGGCACUGUUGUGGUCCAGCCACCCCUGGCACAGUUGGGAAUGUUAGGUCAUCUGUAUCUUUUCUUUCUGCACAGUUGCACCAUCUGCAAUGGAACUGCUUAGCAAAGCUAAGCAGGCUGUCCCAGCUCUUCAAAGGCUCCUGCCUUCCAUUUUAAGUGCUUACUUGCCUUUGAGGACUUGGCCCUGGAACAGGUUGGAGCUGAUUUUUAUAGAUUUUCUCAGUAGUAGUAGUAGAGGUUAAGCACCCCUGCAACCAUCAUCAUUCAAGAUGCUGACACUGGGGGGGGAAAUGUAUCUGUUGAGAGAAGUGCCUCUUUUUCUGCCCGUGUGACGUGUUCAUACAUUCCUGCAAAGACUGAUCCCAUAUCAUCUGCCAUGGGAGUCUUACUGGCCUCCAAUUCUGACCACGCAGUGCAGAAGUAACUUGGGUGUGAUCUGUCUGGUAUGGGAAAGCUGCUGGGCCCUGGGCCUCCUAGGGCUCCUGAGAUGGUCAUGGCCAAAAGAGGAUGAAAGUGAAGUGGAUGUGAAGUCUUUAUUCCCUUCUUAAUGGUUCUUUUCAGGAUGCCAAGCAAUCCUUGGAGGGCCUUGUGGGAAAGAUGGCCAUGAAUCUGCAAGGGUGCUCUUCUCUGACCUAUGAGGCUUUGAAUCUGGCAUGUUUUUAUUGGCAUUAGAUGAAGGUAGGAUGGCAAAAGGCAGGAGCAGGUUGACAGAAUUAAGGUCUUUUGUAACCUUGGAAUGGGUUUGUCCUUGGAACUUGGAGGUUCUUGUGUGGAGUAGCAAAUAUAGUGGUCGGGGACACUUGGUCACUCCUGUCCGUGUCCGUGGGUCACUCCUGUCCAAAGAGUAGGAAGGGUUGUUUUACAGUGUCCUCAGCUAGGUGAAUCUCUUCUGUAAUUGCUGGAGGGAUAUUUGAGGUAUGGAGCCAUACUGUGGCACUGACGUUGAUAACAAUUACAGGACUGGAUGCUCUGAGUCCAUACAGGUAGAUUCCAUUCAGACUACAUACCUUCUGUUGAACGUACUGCUCACUUUUCACAGUUAACUCUGAGUCCUUCCAGCUGUAUUCUUACAGAAGACCUGAAGCCUUAAAUGCCAUGACAUCUAUUCCAUGAUAUAUAAAUGUUCACUGAAAGCAAGAAAGGUGUAGGAUCUAUUCCAGCCAGAGAUCUGUCUUGCUGAAUCCAAGGGCAGGCAAAUGAAUGGUGGUUGCUGGUACCGAGCAGGAAGACUUUAGGGUUGGGGAUAUGAUUUGUCAAGACAAGCACUGAUUUCUGCACUUGAUCUGGUUUUUAACUAUUGAGAUGUGUUUGUAUAUGUGCAUGCAUGCCUGAUUUAAUAUCCAGAAAGGUUUUACCUUUGGCUUUUUUAUCUACAGAGCCUCCUAGCUGGGUCAAGAUUAGCUUGAAGGAAGUAAUGCCAUGCUGCUGGAGGAGCUUGGGGGCCAGAUAACAACAUCUCUGAAAACUCACCUAUUAAUAGCUACCUUGCUGCAAGAAAAAAAAGGUUUUGUGCACAAACCUGAAACUCUGGCCUAAUUGAUAAAUUAAGUGCAAAGGAUGAGGAGAGCAAUUUUUGAUUACAAGAGAAGAAAUCACAGGGGAAAUAUGGAGAAGUCAUCUAGUCCACCCUUUCCCAUCACUGUAGGCUUCCUUAUUCAUAUCUAGCCCAGCUUAGGAGUACUUAGAAAUUGUUAAUGACUUCAUUUCCUAUGCUGCUUAUUGACUUAUACCUCCUCACACUGCAUCUUUUGCACAGAGGUUCAUCUGACUGGAGCAAGAAAAUGGCUGGGAGAUGGACCAGCAGAAAACCAAUCCUACUGAAAAAAUGUCAGUAAUUUUCUCCUGGUUUUAACUUCCAGCCAGCUUACUUGGCCAGCAGUGCUGCCUGCACAUGUGGGUCUCCUCUCAGUUUGGGAGAAGACUUCCAUUGGGAGCUGUGCUGCUUCUCACAGCCAAAUUUGCUUUGCUUUUAUGGCAGAUAACAGAAUAAGCCAGUUACAGGCUGGUCCACAGUUUUGUUCUGAACUAAAACGGAUGGAGUGGGCAUCGCUGCUAACAGCAGACUGUGCUGUUAUCACUUAGUAACACUGGUAUCAAAAGACAGGGGUCACUCGGGCGUUUGCUUCUCUAAGGCUGUGAAAAUAUGUGACGUCCUGCCCUUGGCUAAAGAAGGAUGAUUACAGUAAUGCUAUCCAGUUCACAGGGGAGUAGGAGGUGCUUCAUGAAUUUUCCGAGGUAUUUCUGGUCAAAUGUCAUCUCCAUGCUAUAGCAGAAGUGGAACUUCUCCUUCUGAAUCAACUGUUGUGUGACAGCGGUGGUGUUUCUGCAUGUCCCCAUGGUAUCCCUCAAAUGAAGCCAUUCACGUGCCCGCAUGGCCCUGCACUUAGACCUGGAGCUGAUUUCCUCAUUACUAUGAUGGGUCAAUUUUGCAGGCAACUGCCACUCAGACUGCUGCCGCUGUGAGAGUGCACCCUUGGUGUCCGAAGGGACUUGUCUACACUGGAGCUUCCUCUGUCUCUGUCUCCGUCCUCCUCCUCUUCCUCCAACAAAGAGGUUCGUUCCUUCACCCCAGGAUUUAUGCCUUAUGCACCUGGCUGCCUACCUGAGCAAACUCAACAUGCUGAGCACUCUGUUCCACCUCAAGAGGGGAGGGUCUGGGAAGUGACCCUCCUGAGAGCCAUGCUGUUGAUCUAGAGGAGACCAGAGCUGCUGAGACAGUAAAAGUGCAGCUGUGCUAAACUGAGAGCCUGCCAAGGUCUUCUCCUUUGGGCUCGCUGCUUGGAGCAUGGCUUCAUCCAUCCUGGUGCUCCUUUGAGGAGGCAUGGCUGGGCCAGAUGUGCUGGUGGUAGGGAGUUGAGCACUUUUUGGAUCCUGAAGGCCCUCACCCUCCAGAAUCUCUGGUCCUACAAUGGUACUGUAGCAGAUCUCACAACCUGGAUCUGUACAGGUCAGCUGAGAAGUCAUUCCAAUGUGCCUUAUGCUGUUACCUCCUGGGAUUUGUACCGAAGGAACCAGGGGCAGCCUCUUUGUUAUUUGCUGGUCUGUGGUUGUUUUUAACAGGGGACAGGAUUUCCCUGGUGUAUGGAGCAGAAGGGGGAAGACGGAGAGAGGUACCUUAAACUUGCCUUAAACUUGGAUUUUUGCCUAGUAAUUUGUGUAGCAGGGCAAGGACGGGUUCCUCAUGUGCCUUGCAAUUUACAUUUUUUACUGACAAGAUUAUUUUUAAGCACUGUUUGUUACUAAACAGAAGGACAAAAGAGUUUGUAUUUUUUUUUUCCCCUGGGAAGUAGAGGAGGGUAUGGGUGUUAGAUAUUAACCAUCCCCUUCCCACCUCCCAUCUGCUGACUUUGUAUUGUUGAAAACAUAGGUAAUAUUUUAAGCUUUGUACUGUACUGAUCAUUAUUUAAAAACCUUUAGUGGAAAAAAAAAAAACAAAAAAAAACUGAAAGUAAAA